CCUCCACACACACAAAACCCGAACAGAAAGUGGGGUUUCUUUUUUUCUUACUCAUAACCCUUUGCCCCCCACCCCUCAUUCUUAAUCAUCACACACUCUGACUCUGUUUUCUUUGAAUACUUAAUUCUUUCAAAAUCUUUAUAUAUAUACAAUUCCAACGCACAUUGUGCUCAAAACACUAAACAAGUGAAAUCAUUUAACAUGGCAAUGGCGUGCAUGAAGCUAGGAUCUAAAUCAGAUGUUUUUCAUUUCAAUCAAGAUUCUAAAUCUUGGGGCUGCUCAUCUGGCCUUCCUAGUGAUGUUACCAUUGAAGUUGGAGAUGUUUUAUUCUAUCUUCACAAGUUCCCAUUGUUAUCUAGAAGCAAAACAUUGGAAAAUUUAAUUGGGGAAUAUUCUGAUGAUGAGAAACAAUCCUGUGUGCUUAAACUUCAUGAUUUACCAGGAGGGCCGAAAAUCUUUUUGCUCAUUGCUAAGUUUUGCUAUGGAGUCAAACUAGAAGUGAACUCGACCAAUGCAGUUCCUCUUCGAUGUGCAACCGAGUAUCUUAAAAUGACUGAAGAAUAUGGAGCAGGAAAUCUGAUUAAUCAUAUGGAAAACUUCCUUGGUGAAGUGUUUGACAGCUGGGUUGAUACACUGAAAGCACUUGAAUCAUGUGAAGAAGUGAUAGAAAUUGCGGAAGAGCUUCAUAUAGUUUCAAGAUGCAUCAACUCUCUUGCUUCAAAAGCUUGUGAAUAUGAUAAAGAUUUGUUUGGUUGGCCUGUAUCGAGCAGAAAAGAUAACCCGUUUGCUACCGUCAUCUGGAAUGGAAUCCAAACGACUUCUACAAGUCAAGAUUGGUGGUAUGAAGAUAUUUCUGAGCUGAGAUUACCUCUUUACAGGCAAUUCAUCUUGGCCACUGAAUCAAAAAAUAUGGAUCAUGAGCGGAUAGCCGGGUCCCUUGUGUUCUAUGCGAAAAAGCAUCUUCCUUUACUUGGUAGAGAAUCAAAUGUUUCAAACGGAAAUCUCUAUUCUUCUUUUGAUUCAAAUUCAGAUCAAAAGAUACUUCUUGAAGAGAUAGUUGACUUGCUCCCGAAUCAAAAGAAAGUUGUUCCCACGAAGCUCCUCCUCAGGCUGCUAAGAACAUCAAUGAUUUUACAUUGUAGUCCUUUGUGUCUUGGGAAUUUGGAAAGACGCAUUGGGAUGCAGUUGGAUCAAGCUUCCAUUGAAGAUAUUCUCAUUCCCAAUAUAGGAUAUACAAGCGAGACCCUUUAUGAGAUUGAUUGUGUCCAAAGGAUUCUUGAUCAUUUCAUGAUUGUGGAUCGGGAUCAGGAUGGAAGUGAAAUUGCAGAAUCAGUUUUCAGCGAAGACAAUGACGAAGAUGGGUUAAUCGGAAAUUCUCGUUCACUCACACCAAUGACAAUGGUGGCUAAUCUUGUUGAUAACUACCUUGCUGAGGUGGCAUCAGAUGUUAACUUAAAGCUGGAAAAGUUUCAGUGUUUGGCUGCUACCAUCCCUGAUUAUGCAAGGCCAAUUGACGAUGGAAUGUACCGCGCUGUUGAUAUAUAUUUCAAGGCACAUCCAUGGCUUACAGAUUCAGACCGUGAACUACUCUGCAGGCUCAUGGACUGCCAGAAGCUCUCACUGGAAGCCAGCACCCAUGCUGCACAGAACGAGAGGUUACCACUCCGUUUCAUAGUUCAAGUUCUAUUCUUUGAGCAGUUACGGCUCCGCACAUCUGUAGCAGGCUGCUUAUACGUCUCUGACAACUACAACUCACAGACUCACCUGAGUAGCAGCAUGGUGGUACCAGAAAGUGGGAAUAUGCACCUUAUAACCACCGGACAAAGUGACCGACGGAUUGUGGCGGUGGACGACAUGCGAGGUCGGGUUUCAGAGCUCGAGAAAGAGUGCCAGACUAUGAAGCAAGAGAUUGAUAAGCUUGUGAAGACUAAAGGGGUCAGUUGGAACAAUCUCUGUAAGAGGUUCGGGCUUGGGCUAAGAUUAAAGUCCAAGCCUCGUGAAACUUGUGCAUCUAGCAAUAACCGUGGUGGCAAAAGCGAGAAGGUGCCACCACCAUCAAGAAUAGAAGAAGUUUAAAAGGGAAAUAAUCAAGAUUAAGAAAUUGGCAAAAUGGGUAAUUGAGAUUAGAUCAAGAAUUCAAUAAAAUUUUAAUUUUAAUUUUUUUUUGUAGUUUCACUCCUAAGCAAUGUGGGAGUCAUCAGUAGAUGAUGACAUCUUUAUAUAUUGAAAACUUCUCUUAUUUGUUUCGUGAUUUCUUAUUUCUAAAGAUCUUUCUAAGAGAUUUAUAACUGA